AUGAAUUCGAUCAUCAUUGCUUCUCUUGUCGCCUUGGCAAUUGCCGCUUCCCCGGCUUUCGACCGCACCUUCUCUCCAAAGAGCGAGUACGUCUACAAAUUCGACGGACUCAUCCUCUCUGGACUCCAAACUACCUCCUCGGAUGCCUCCCAAACUCGUAUUUCCUGCCGUACUCGUAUUCAAGCCAUCGAUGACCGUUACAUUCAUCUUCAGUUGACUGAUGUCACCUACUCUGCUUUCCACAUUCCACAAACCGAGAAAUGGCCAAAAAUGGAGUCUUUGGAGCAACGUGAGCUUUCUGAUGAGCUCAAAGAGCUUCUUGAACUUCCAUUCCGUGUCCAAAUGAGAAAUGGUCAUGUCUCUAAGAUUCAAUUUUCUUCUGAAGAUGCUGAGUGGUCCAAGAACGGAAAGAGAUCCAUUGUCAACCUUCUAUCUCUCCACAGAUCUGCUCCAGUAGAUAAGUUGAACCAAGACGAGAAGGACAUGGAAACCGAGAAGGAUUGCCGUUUCUUCAAUGUUCACGAGAAGACCAUGGAAGGAGACUGUGAAGUCGCUUACACCAUUGUCCAAGAAGGAGAGAAGACCAUCUACACCAAGUCUGUCAACUUCGACAAAUGCAUCACUCAAUCAGUUAUGGAGACUUGUUUGGCUGUUGCCGGAACCAAGAACACCGUCCAACAUUUGAUCCACCACAUCCAGAAGAAGACCAUUUCCCCACUGAGAGCUGCUGAACUCCUCAAGUCAAUUCAAGAGACCCUCUUCUCAAGUGAGCACAUCGCCGAUCUUCUCAUCGAACUUGCCCAAUCCCCACUCGCUAAGGGAUACGAGCCACUCCGUCAAUCUGCUUGGCUUGCCGCCGGAUCCGUUGUCCGCGGAUUCGCCUCCAUGACUUAA